UACAUUUUGGCAUAUACAUUUCAUCCAAAGUGACUUAAAUUGCAUUAAAGGUAUACAUGUCAUCCAUUCUUUGGUAAUCAAAUACUAAGUAGGAAAUGAUGUAUGUUUUUAGGGAAGAGUAACCCAUACUGUGAGCUAACCAUGGGCGCUCAGUGCUACACGUCCCGCCAUCAGCCCGACACGCUCAACCCCAAAUGGAACUUCAACUGCCACUUCUUCAUCAAAGACCUGUAUCAGGACGUCCUCUGCCUCACCAUCUUUGAGAGGGACCAGUUCUCUCCCGACGAUUUUCUAGGUCGUACUGAAGUUCCUGUAGCAACAAUAAAGAAGGAUCAAGAUGGUAAAGGUCCACUGGCAAGGCGUCUGCUGCUUCAUGAAGUUCCAACUGGAGAGGUCAAAGUGCGGCUUGACCUGCAGCUCUAUGAUCAAACACCUCACCCGUGAACUCCACAUCUGUUUCAUUAGCACUACAACAUUUAAUAGAUCACUUAAUAAAAGUUUAUUCAUUAGUGUUCAUUUUUAAAAGUAUAGGAAUGCCUCUGUACACUUUUGAUAUGAAAAAGGUGAACCACUUAGCAUAAGUUUACAUGCAGUGAAAUAGUCUCAUAUCUACUCUCACACAUGCUUGAUGUUGUGUAAUGGGGAACAUUGGGUAAUAACAUGAUGAUUUGUUUGGGACAGGAACUGGUUUGUACUUUGAAAUUUGUACAUUUUUAAAGUGCAUUAGUAAUCUGAACAUAUUCUACUUUUCGGCUGUUUCCUUCAAACAAAAUUCCUUUGAUUUGGUUUUCUAAUCUGUUAAAUAUGCCUUACUUUUCCUUUCAUUCUUUAAAAGGCAGAGAUUGCUACAAUAGUUGAGACAGCUCUGAAAUUCACUGCUCAGCAUUAUCAGUCACUGGCAGCCUUUAAUGGAUUUUAUUUUACUGUACUGCCUUAAUCCGAACACAUUAUGUACUGUAACUUCCUAAGUAUAAAUAGACUCAAAUUAUGUCACUGAAAUUGCUGAAAUUCAGUCAUUUGUAGAUUCCACUAAGCCAAUCAUACAUGUGCUUCCCCCAACCUGUUUCCGGAGCCCUUCAGCUUCAGCGCAUGUUUAAUUGUUUUAUUAUUAAAUACUGAAACACAGUUUUAAAAACACUGUUAUAUAUUUAAUUAUAUAAAGACCAAAUUAUAUAUAAUGUUAUCUGAAAUUGUGUGACGCAACACAAAUUAUGCUUUCCAUUCCUAAUUGUACAAAUUUAGGGAAGAUUUAUAAAUUCUUUAAGAAUGUAUAAUAUGGGUCUUAUGGUUUUCCUUUGAUGAUUUUAAUAACAGCAUUUGGCUUUAUGAACAGACUGGAUCUGGAUGUUGUACAUUUGAGUUGUUGAUGAAUGUCGAAAGUUUGUGCUAUUUGUUCUUUGUUUUGUUAUUUGUUUAAUGCAUAAUUGUAUAAACAUCUAUAGGACUAGAUUAUUAUAUGGGUUUGGGUACAAUUCAUAUACACCAAAGACAAAAAUAAAAAUGGAGAAU